AUCGCGUAGUAUGGUAUAUAGGAUAUGUUAAGCUCAUCGGUAUCGUUCUAUGUCAGAAAUGUAUGGAGAAUAAAAUCGAAAGUGUUGUUGAGGGAGACUUUAAAAUAAUCGGCUUGUUUCCCAUGGGAUGUUCAACACCUUCUAAUAUAGACAAUAGAACCAUUGCAUGGAUGGAGGCUGUAAAGUACACCAUAAACGAAGAAAAUAGUUUACACAACAAAAGCAUAUUUGGUUAUGUGAUUUACGAUACGCAUAACACGUCGAACACGGACAAGACAACGUUUGCUGUACUAGACAGUUUUUUAUACUCCUCUUUGAGCAACACUAAUGAAUACAAUAAUAUUAGUGAAAGCAACGGCAACAACUGCAACAACAAAGUAAACAGCUACAAUAUUUGCGCUGAUUUAAAUGAAAACCUUAAUAAUAGUAAAAUAUUAGGUUUUGUUGGACCGGCAGAAUCUUCUAUCUCUAUUUACGUUAAUCAAUUAACGCUGCCUUACAAACACUUUCCUAUAAUCAGCUACGCAGCAACAAGCUUAGAACUAGACGACAAAAAUUUAUAUCCAAACUUUUUCCGAACAACUUCCUCUGAUGCUUAUCAAGCGGAUUUUAUAAGUGAUUUAAUUAAAAAGACAAACUCAAAUUAUAUAUCGUUAUUAUGGGUGGAUAGCUCGUACGGAAGGGGUGGAAAAACUCAGCAAAUAAAUAGUUUUCAAAAAAAUGGCAUUUGCAUAGACUACAUGGACAAAGUCCCAAAUAACUUUGAAGCAAAAAAAUAUGCCGAAAUUUCAAUGUAUCUUCACACUAGUUUAUCAAAAGUUAUAGUGUUUUGGGGAACAUUUCUACCACUUCGUAACUUGUUGCAAAUAACAAUAGUUCAAAAUUUAACUAAUAAAAUAUGGAUAGUCAGUGAAGCCGUAGGUAAAAACUCUUUUUUUUUUAACUAUCCAAAUAUAUUUUUAGUAGUUCAGACAGACGGGGAAGAUCUUGCAUUUAAAAAUUACUUUUAUGGUCUAAGUUAUCAAAAUUCAAGUCAAUGGUUAAAAAUAGUCUUUCAAAAAUAUAAAGUCAAUGAAAACACAACAAACUUUACUGUGAAAAAUAUUUCAGAAGUAUUUGAUCUCAGCAAAGUUGUGUAUGUUCAAAACGCUGUAAAAGCAUUAAUUCAGUCAUUUUUUUGUUACCAAAAAUUAGUUUCUUUGAACCAAAAAGGUUUUGGCUAUCAGAGUAUUAAUAAUAGAACAAAGUUUUUAGAGCUUUUAAAACAAGUUAACUUUUCUACUUUAAACGAAUUUAAUUUUACAUUUAGUUCAAAUCAUAACCCUCAAUCGAUGUCUUAUUUUGAACUUUAUACUUGUCCUAGUAAUUCGUUUCAAUUGGUUGCUAAGUGGUCUAACUAUAAUAAAACUAAUGAAAGUCGUUUAAUAAUAGAAAACAAACGCCUUCUAUCAAAUAUUUUCUCCGUUUGUUCGGAUCCUUGUGAACUAGGAUUUAUAAGAUCAGGCAACUUUUGUUGUUGGACAUGUAAUCCAUGUCCUGAUAAUUCUGCAGACGAAAAUUGUUACCAAUAUAAAAGGUUGUAUUGGAAUUUAGAAAGUAAUGAACUGCUGUUACAUCAAGUUUUAAUUUUAUUGUUUUCCAUUAUCGGUAUAAUGACGUCAAUAUUUUUUAUAUUUACGUUUUUAAAAAAGAAACUCACCCUAAUUGUUCGGUCAUCUAACUAUGAAUUGACUUUGCUACAAAUGACAAUGCAUCUUGUUAUGUUCGUUUUACCACUUCUAGCAUUUGGAGAAGAGACACAGGAAAAGUGUAUAGCAAGAAUAUAUAUUGGCACUUUUUUACACGUCACUAUAGUUACAAUUAUUUUAGUAAAAGUUAAAAGACUCAUAGCAACAUUUAAUCAUGGUAUACACUCCUUACAUUCAAAAAAAAAAUUGUUUGUAGUUCGAUCCCAUAUUGGUGUAAUGUUAGUUUUUUUCCCUUGCGUAUUCAUAGCGUUAAUAUUUGUUGUUCACAACCACAAAUAUAAAAUAUAUGUGUCAGAUGAUAUAAACAUAAGAUUACAUACAGUGCAAAAACAUUGUGAAUCUGCCAGUUUUUUAGUAUUUUAUUUAUGCUACGUAAUUUUUUUAUCACUGUUGUGUGGCUUUCAAUCAUUUAAAGCAAAAAAUGUUCCAUCAAAGUUUAAUGAAAAUAUUUAUAUUGCCUAUUCUUUGUUUUUAUCAUGUAUUACUUUGUGUGUAAUGCUUGGACUAAUGAAAAGUAACUUUGAUUCAAACAAUAAAAAAUUUUCAUAUUGCUUGCUAAUGAACAUUUCAAACUUUUUUCUUAUAGUCAUUUUGUUUUUCAACAAAAUAAGAACUUUAUGGAUGAAUGAAAAGAUGAAGCCACAAGAAAGUUCUCGCAUUGAAUAUGUGAGAAAAAGUAUUGCAAUCAAACACUCUAAUGACACAUCAUGCUCUAAUGUUUUAAAUCAAAAUAAAGCGUCUACAGACGUCAUUUCUGCUUAUCCAGAAAAUGCAAUAGAUGCAUUAUCUCUUGCAACUACCAAUGCAUUACCUCUUGCAAUUACAGAAUCAUUAUCUCUUGCAACUACUGAUGCAUUAUCAGUUUUAACUACGGAUGCAUUAUCUCUUGCAACUACAGAUACUAUACCUGUUACAAACAUAGAUGCAUAUUCUGUUGCGAAUACUGAUCCAGUAGCUCUUGAAAAUACAACUCAAAUUUCUCAGCAUAUGUAAAGUUAGCAAUGCAAUAAAAUUACAUAAGCAUA